AUGUGUACAGAUGUUUUUUUCCGAGAUGUGCUUUAUCAAAUUCGCGAAACAGCAUUUGCGCGUUCCGAAUACCCCGUUAUUCUUUCACUAGAAAAUCACUGUUCAAAAGCCAAUCAGCUGAAGAUGGCCAAAUACAUUAUGGAUAUUUUUGGAGAUAUGCUGCUCUCAAAGCCGUUGGAGAGAUAUCCGUUGGAAGCUGGAGUUCCGCUACCUUCUCCAAACAAUCUUAAAAGGAAGAUACUGAUAAAGAACAAACGUUUGAAACCGGAAAUCGAGAAGUCUCAAUUGGAACAGUUCUAUCGUGAGGGUAAAAUUGACGAAGAGGAAGAAGCGGUAGAAACACCAGAAGUAACUCUUGAAGAAGGAUUAGCGACAUCACCAUUAAGUGAAGUAUUUCUCGUUUUCUUCCUUGAGUGGUGGUUUCAUGUUGCUUCGGUAUAUCAAUUUUGUCUUAUACCUGAACGUUUAGCUUUCAUUGAUCAACGCGCCCACCCAGAAAUGGAGUCUCGGCAUGGCAGUCAGGUUUUACUUGCUGGAAAACCUGGAGAUACACUCACGGCCAAAGAGCCUGAUGAGGCUAAUCCAGAACUUAAACAGAACUUCAUUUCUAAACUAAAACCACUAGGAUUCACAAAAAAGCCUCAGAGUGGUAGUGAGCAACAGAUUCCGAGCUCUAGUGCUGGCGGUUUAUCGGUAUCGAUGUCAACGUCCUUCCGCAAUAGACGCUCGUUUCGUCGUAGCGCUUACAAACCAGACUCAGAAAGCGCGAGCUUAAGUGCAGCGUUGCUGGAUUCCCAACCUCAACGCAUUCUCCAACAACUCCUAUUUUUUCAGCCAUUUCUUACCGCUGAGGAGGAAAGCCGCAUUUAUGAGCAAUAUCGUUACACGGGUGCCACUACUAAUGUACAUCCCUUAUUGUCUUCUUUGGUAGUUUACACUUGCCCAGUCAAAUUUUCUGGUUUCGCAGCUUCUGAAGCAAACGAAACUGUUACAGAACAUAACAUUCACUAUCAAAUGUCUUCAUUUUCUGAAAGCGUUGGAUUGACCAUCAUGAAGCAAAAUGCUGCUGAAUUUGUUUCGUACAAUAAACGGCAAAUGAGUAGGAUAUAUCCGAAAGGCGCCCGUGUAGAUUCCAGCAAUUUUUUGCCGCAGGUUUUUUGGAAUGUUGGAUGUCAAAUGGUUGCCUUAAAUUUUCAAACUACCGAUACGUACAUGCAGUUAAAUCACGGCAAAUUUGAAUGGAACGGCGGCUGUGGUUACCUGCUCAAACCUGAAUUUAUGAGAAGGGUGGACAAGGUUUUCAACCCAUUCGCAGCAAGUCCUGUUGAUGGUGUUGUUGCUGCUCAAUGCUCUGUAAAAGUAAUUUCUGGGCAUUUUUUGUGUUCUCGAAGGGUGGGGACGUACGUUGAAGUGGAAAUGUACGGAUUGCCGUCCGACACAAUACGGAAGGAACACCGCACUCGGACAGUUCCAGCAAAUGCUCUUAAUCCAUUUUACGAUAGUGAACCUUUUGUUUUUAGAAAGGUAGUCCUUCCUGAACUGGCUGUUUUACGGUUUGCAGUCUAUGAUGAAACAGGAAAGCAAAUUGGGCAAAGAAUUUUACCUUUUGAUGGUCUUCAGCCUGGGUAUCGACAUAUAACCUUACGUAAUGAGUCUAAUAUAUCGUUAGGUUUACCGACAUUGUUUGUAUAUAUUUGUGUCAAAACGUAUGUUCCUGAUGGUCUUAAUAAUUUUUGUGAUGCACUGGCCGAACCACGAAAAGCAUAUGAGGUUACGCAGGACAAGCUGGAAAAUGCGCUGCACAGCAUGGGCGUAGAUGAAAAUGACUUUUAUGAUGGUUAUGGGAGCAAGGAGGGCUUGCUAAGAAUCAAUGGGUCUUCAAACAACACUGCUACUAUAAAGCUUCAUCAGACGUCUCUGAGGGACACAAGUUUGCAUAAACAUAAUCUCGAUUCGGAAGAUUCAAAGAAACAGCAUUCUUCGAUUAAACAACAUUCGUCGGCCCCGCGUUUAUCGGCAUCAAACUCUCCUCCGACUUCUAGCAUACGAGAACAUAAUGGAUCAACUGCUCGUAGGCUUUCAGAGCGUGGACACGGCAACGAGACCAUGACUAAGAUGGAGGAUAUAAAGAUAGAGGAUCUGAAAAAAGAUAAGAGUUAUGUGAAACUGACAAAGAAAAUGGAGAAAGAAAUGAUUGAGCUAAAAAAGAAGCAGGAGAAGCAGCGGUUAGGUAUUCAAAAAAACCAACAAGUAAAAGUAGAGAAACUGAUUAGUGGCAGUAGAAAGCGUAUGAAAAAGAAACCAAACGAGUGCUCGAGGGAUGAUGGUUCAAGGAAAGUCCUGGUUGCUACAGCUUCUGAUCCCUCGUCAUCACUGACUUUAGCUUGUGAUAAUAAGAUGCGCUCUCUUGUUUCUAACCAAACGAAAGAAUGGUCAACAAUGAUGAAUCGACAUGCUGAGGAAAUACAUAAUUUGAAGAAGGUUCACAUAAGAUGCGAAUUUGAACUGCUGAACAAACUCUUGAGUGAAGCUCAAAAAGCUCAGCUCGCUAGCCUACAGGCACGUCUGUCAGCCGAGUCCAAGUUAUUACAAACAGUUCAAACUCAAAGGAGUGCUGAUGGGAGAAGAGCAAUUUAUCAAGAUCAAACGUUGAAGACGAAAACUGAAAAGGACCGCAGAUGGAAAGAGAAGAGUGACGAAAUUAUGAAGCUUUUCUUGGAACAACGCAGAAGGAUGAGGAUGAAAGUACAAACGCAAGAGGACCAAUUGGCUGCAAGACACUUGGAGCAGAGAAAGGCCCUAGAAACUGAUGAAGCCAAGGCUAUUGAGCAAGAGGAAAUGAACUUUAAGGAGACACAACUUGCGCAUAAACCGGAGACGGUGUGUUAG